AGUAACUGUUAGUUAUGCCGAAGGUGCGUAAAUCACCAUAUCUUUUCACAAGCAUUCAAGCUGAUCAUCCAUCUCAGAAUAAAGGAAAGGUCACAUCUUGUCCUAUAUCUAAUGUUAUCUAGUGCUGAACGCCUUUUUCUUCAGGGUGGAAAGAACCGCAGACGUGGAAAGAACGAAAAUGACGACGACAAGCGUGAAUUAGUCUUUCGUGAAGAUGGACAAGAAUACGCACAAGUAACAAAGAUGCUUGGUAAUGGUCGUCUCGAGGCAAUGUGCUUCGAUGGGGAGAAGAGGCUAGCCCACAUUCGUGGUAAGAUGCGAAAGAAGGUGUGGAUUAACCAGGGAGACAUUGUACUCCUUUCUCUGCGGGACUUCCAGGAUGACAAGGCCGAUGUUAUUGUUAAGUAUACGGCGGAUGAGGCGAGAAAUUUAAAGGCCUAUGGCGAGCUGCCAGAGAACGCGAAAAUCAACGAGACAGACACCUUCCCCGAGGAGGAUGGGGAGUGUACUUUCGAAUUUGGUGAUGAAGGGGAGGUCGAUAUCGACGAUAUUUAAUCCCAUCCCUGUAUCAACCAUGUAUCAUUCUUGCUUGUAAGUGGGUGCCUAUUUUGUAUCGCCGGUAUUGACUGGGCCGUAUCUUCAGUGUAUUCUGUAUUGGCCAUUUCAACGCAUCUUGUACAUUGUACUCCUGCGGACAUGAAUUGAUUAGACGCAAUUUCAGGCACUGGCAGCGUGUAUCAAUCCGGAUGUAGUCACUUCAUAGUUCAAACUCAUAACUUGUAUUGAUUCUCCUGAUUGAAGCCAGCGCUGUAUCCCUACCA